UGAGUAAUUACAGAAGUGUGUAGUGUAGUGAAGGGAAGUGAAGCGGUGUUAUAGUGAAGUUGUGUUGUCCUCCACAUGCGGGAUGUAGUCGUCGAUUUCCUGCCGAACGGAUCUGAAGUGAUGCAUUUCUGCGCAGAGAUCCGUCCUGAAUAAGAUCCAGUGUGUUUAGUGUGAAGAACCCGACGUGUGUGCGUGCCUAAAGCCUGAGGGACAUGCCAGAGGAGUCUCAUCACAGCCAUCAUCAGGUCUCAAUGGGUGAAGAAUCUCCUCGCUUGUCCACGGACUCCUCCUUGAGCAGCCAUGACCCUGUCCUGGCUGACUACUGCUCGCUGUCUGUCGAACACUCUGAUAACGAGAGGCCAGUGAGCACCGUGUCCACUGUCUCAUCAGGCUCCUCCGGAGAGGGCCAGAGCAGCCUGUUCAGUGUGUCCCAUUGUCCCCAGUCCUUACCCUCCCUUUCAAAGGAAGCAGACAUCAACCUGGAGCUCAGCCCACCUGAGGAACCUAAUGAACCCUCACUCCUACUGAGGCCUGCAACCAAGAGACCAGGGCAGGACCUUGCUGCAGGCCAGUUUAACAACAACGCAAACACCACUGGAGACAUCACGCUGCCACCGAGCCUGGACGGACCGUCGCCUGACGCCACUGUAGUGAUGGCACCGAGUUCUCAACUAACCUAUGUGGACCGUGUGGUCAUGGAGAUUAUCGAGACCGAAAGGACGUAUGUAAUGGACUUGCAAAGUAUUGUGGAGGAUUAUCUGGCUCAUAUUAUAGACACCAGUCAUUUACCCAUUAAGCCUGAACAAGUCUCUUCCCUGUUCGGCAACAUCGAAGUCAUCUACGAGUUCAACAGCGAGUUACUACAGUCUCUAGAAAUGUGCGACAGCUACCCGGUGGCCAUUGCAUGUUGCUUUGUGGAGAAGAGUGAAUAUUUUGACAUCUACACUCAAUACUGCACAAACUACCCCAACUCAGUAGCUACACUUACAGAGUGCAUGAGGAACAAGACGCUGGCUAAGUUCUUCAGGGAUCGUCAGGCAUCUCUCCAGCAUUCCCUUCCUUUAGGUGCCUACCUGCUGAAGCCUGUGCAGAGGAUUUUGAAAUAUCAUCUCCUAUUACAGGAAAUCGCCAAACAUUUUGACCCUGAGGAGGAGGGCUAUGAUAUAGUGGAAGACGCUAUAGUCACCAUGACAGGAGUGGCUUGGUACAUCAACGACAUGAAGAGGAAACAUGAGCAUGCUGUGAGGCUGCAGGAGAUUCAGUCCCUCCUCAUCAACUGGAAAGGGCCCGACCUCACUACAUACGGUGAGCUUGUCCUCGAAGGAACCUUCCACGUACACCGUGCGAAGAACGAAAGAACGCUGUUCCUUUUUGAUAAAUUGCUUCUCAUCACCAAGAAGAGAGGAGAGCAUUACGUCUACAAGACCCAUAUAAUGUGCUCCACUUUAAUGCUGAUUGAAAGUGCCAAGGACUCUCUUCGCUUCAGUGUGACACACUACAAGCAUCCUAAACAACCUCACACAGUACAGGCCAAAACUGUGGAGGAGAAAAAACUGUGGGCUCAUCACAUCAAGCGGCUGAUUCUGGAGAACCAUCAUGCCAUCAUUCCACAGAAAGCCAAAGAUGCCAUUCUGGACAUGAGAUCUGACUGCCCAGUGAAGUAUCGCUACAGUCCUGAAAGACAAAACAAGUCCGAGGACCUUCUAAUGGCAGGACUGAAAGAACGAAGGCGUUCAGAGCCAUUUAACAGAGUUAAGCAGAACAUGCGGACAACAAAAGAUACGCUUAAGCAUGCUGACAGCAUGGGUACUCUGCUGUCAGACAGCAGCCGGAGUUCCCUGCAGGCUGCAGCUAGCGCUUCCACCUUGUGUUCCUCCGUGGAUGAAGCGGAGACAGAGAGACCCGUCUCUGAAGAGAGCACGAGCGGAUGGCUUUCCCUGAACUGGAUGAACGUGAACGGCCUCAAAACUUGUCAGCUAGAAAUGCCAUUCCAUAGAGAGACCGAGGAGAAGGAGGGGGUGCUGAAGAAAGUGCAGAGACAUAGUGAAGAAGAUGAAGAGAUUGUGGUGAAAGUUGAGCAGGUAGCUGACUUUGCCAGCUCAGUGUUGGCUGCCAUCUCCUGCUGGCGCUAUAAGGCCAGAGCUUUGCUUUUUACACGGGUCGCAACGAAUAGAGAUGGGGAACAGACUAUGGAGGACAAGGAAUUAGUGAAACCAUCUCCUUCUGAAGAAGACCAGGCAGAGAAUUCAACGGACUCUUCUGAGGAUCAUCGUUCACAAGUUAUUUCUCUGCCUGUAGAAGAAGAUGAGGAAGGAGAAGAAGCAGGACAACAGCAGUCUCACAUUGUCCCUCAGGACAAGGGCAGAAUGGGUGAAGAGGUUGUGGUGGGAAGGAUAGAGUCACUGUCCCUAGUCCCAAAUGAGAGCCAACUAGAGGACAAGAACACUCAAACCAGGGCAAACCUUUUAAACAAUGUUGAGGACCUGGGGGAGGAGGAAGAAGAUUGCGAAGAAGAAGAGGAAGACAUGUCAUCAAGAACUGAACCUAGGAGCAUCUUGCCAGCAUCUGUUCUAGACAAAGCCAGUGUUAUUGCUUUACACUGUACUAGGAGCCACUCUCGGCAAAGCAGUGUGGCAGCUGAUGACGUGAUCUCUCUAGGUUACCCAUCAUCUCAGACAGGUAGUAGGAGAAGUAGCGUGUUUAGCCUCAAUGCUGAGCCGCUGGACAAAGAAAAGACUCAAGAGAUAAACUGUUCCUCCCCUGACCCAGUUACUUUUAAAACUGUACCUGAAUUUUUAGCUUCAGCCACACCAGGUCCACAACUGUUCACACCAGACCAAAGACAACAGACAAAACCAGAUACUCUGUCCAAAAAGGACAGAAUGCUCAUCCAUAAAAUUAAACAAUACUAUGAGCAUGCUGAGGAACAGGAUGCUAAUUUCAGCAUCAAACGCAGGGAAAGCCUCUCUUACAUUCCUCCGGGGCUGGUCCGCAAUCUCAGCCAGCAGCUCAACAGCCUUCCCAAUGAAGAAGCUGCAGCAAAUCAUAGUAAGGCCUCAAAAAUGACAAGGCCAACUUCUUGGGCAGUUUUUGAUCUUCCAGGUCUGGAGAAAGAGAAGAGUUCUGAAGAGAUCAUGGACACAGAAACUCUGUCUAAUAUAGACACAGAAACUAGGUAUGGGCCUCCGGUAAUUGUUCAGGCAGUUGAUGAAGAUGAGGAUUACCGAUCCUCCUCUGAAAUGAUAAGGGAUUGGCAAGACAUUGAGGUUGAAAUCAGUGGCACUUCUGAUGUGCCUCAAGAAGCUUCUAAAGAGAACAUGGAUGGCACAGUUGCCAAUCCUACCCAGGAACAAAAGGGACAGGAGAGUUCUUAUAGUGACCUUGGUGAACCUCUACUAAUGUUAGAUGAAUUUCACAACAGCGAGGCUGGAUAUGGGACAUCAACUCCUUCACCACUGGGAAGCUUAUCCAGUGAUCAGAAGCUCCAAGAGACCCAGAAGAUCAGACAUGCUCCUCUACCCAGGAUUGUCUCCCUGAGGUUAGAUUCAGAAGACGACCUAAUGUUGCAAGAUACGGAUAAGAUGAAGAACAAAGUGUUCCAUCUAGCUAGGCAAUACAGCCAGCGUAUUAAGAACAACAGGCCUGUGGUGAGACCGAGAACAAAGGUGUCAGAAAGCAACUUUGGCCACAGAACGCUUUCCUCUGUUAUGGAAGAUAAAAGUCCUGAGAAUGACAUGGGUAUGCAGAGCUUGGUUCUAUCAAUCGGUUCAUGUGAGCACACAGACUCCAGUUCAUCACUGAGCCCCUGCUCCCUUGGCAGUCCUCAACUUCAGACCACUUUCAGACCACCUGCUCUGGAUUUACAAAGUCCAGUCUACACUGAGAGCUUUAAUUGGCCAGACGUGAGAGAGCUGCGUUCCAAAUACUCACGACCAAAUCCUCAGUUAGUCUCAAUUAAUCGCAGUUGCUCAGUCCCAGAGCAAAUACUUGAGGUUGGACGGAAUGCUCCCACAUCCCGACGAACCUUCUCCAGUGCCAGUCCAGUCUGUGACCGUAUGGACCCCCACACAACACCAGCUAUAAACACUACCCACUCCAUGGACAAGGAACCUGCAGGACAGGGUGUGGGUAAAAUGUGCAAAAGCAGUUCUUUGGACCACAUGAUGGGACCACUUCAUUUAAAACAGCAAACAAACCAUACAGACAUCUCAAGGAACUACUACAUAUCUGGCCAGGCCAGCCUGCCCAAUGAAAACAAGAUCAUUAUAGUGGAAAGAAUUAAGACAGAAAGUAAUGGUCUGGCAGCAGGUGAAGAGAAAAAUGCAGAGCUUCAUGAAGACCAACUAAAGUGUCUGGACAGUGAUGAAACAUGUAGACCGGGGACAUUUGAAAAAACAGAGAACAGCCAAUAUGGUUUAGUCAAAAACCUGCGAGAGAAGUUUCAAAACCUUAGUUCCUACAUGUAAAUGUUCUUGUAAAGUGCUUUCAGAUUUUCUACUAUUGUACAUUAAUACACACAGAGGCCCAGUGUUUUUCUACAAAGAUAUGGAAGCAUAAAGUCUUAUGGCAUUGUGGCAAUAUACCACACAUGCUCAUUAUAUAGAUGUAUGUUGUUAAGAAUAGUGCAUAAACCAGCACAUUUACAUGAUUAUGCUGUAUUAAUUGAAUUAAGGUAAAAUGAACAUUUCUAAAGUCAGACCUCCCCUAAAAUAUUUAUGAAAUUGACAUUAUGUUGUACAAUUUAGUGUAUAUUUGCAUUUUUGUGAGUUUAUAUAUGUACAAAAGCUUUUGGUUACUGCCUACAUAUCAUGACACUGGUAAGCUUACUCAGGAUAAAUGUACCUCUGAUAAAAUGUGUAUCAUUGUUAGAAUUUCCUUUUUCAGUAGCUGAACCUUCACAGCAAUUGUGCAAGUAUAUAGUUGGGACUAGGGUCAAUUAUAUGGCCUAUAGGUAUGGAUGAUGUUUUGUAACAUUGGACACAUGCAGUAGAAUUGAACUUGUUGUAAAUUUUCAUUAAGCUUUUACUUCUCAGUAACAAUAAAUCAACAAA